GCGGCAGCCUCCUCCUCCUCCUCUUUCUCAGUCCGGAGAGCAGCCAGAGAUCCGCCUGCAGAAGAGCAGAGGCCCUCGCUCACUAGUGACCAUGGCUCCAGCAGAGAAGCUGAAGGCCACCAUCAAGCGGACACUCCCGAUGACGGGGCCCCAGGCACCCACACUGCGGGAGCUGAUGCAGUGGUACUGCAUGAACACCAACACGCACGGCUGCCGGCGCAUCGUGGUCUCGCGGGGCCGCCUGCGUCGUGCCCUGUGGAUUAUGCUGACACUGGGGGCUGUGGGCCUCAUCCUCUGGUACUGCGCCCAGCUGGUCAUGAACUACUACGUAGCCUCCGUCUCCGUCACCGUCCAGUUCCACAAGCUGCCCUUCCCGGCCGUCACCAUCUGCAACAUCAACCCCUACAAGUACAGCGCCAUCAAAGAGCACCUGACGGAACUGGACAAGGAGACCGAGAUGGCACUGGAGCUGCUGUACAACUUCUCAGGGAGUCCAAUCCGGGAGCGCCGUGACUUGGGCCCUGAAGAAAGUGAAGAAGGCACGAAGGGACACUUCCUCAAGCUCUUUCCCCUUGUGAUAGCCAACGAGUUUGACGCCAGGCCCAGAAAUAGUUCCUCUGGCUACAAGCGUCGGGCCGAUGCCAGCAUCUUCCCAGGGAGCUCCAGCAUCGUGAACGUCAAGAACCCUGAAGUGGGCUUCCAGUUGUGUGACUCCCAAAACAACACUGACUGUGCCGUUUACAAGUUCAGCUCCGGGGUCAAUGCCAUUCAGGAGUGGUACAAGCUGCAUUACAUGAACAUCAUGGCGCAGAUCGAUAAGGAGGAGAAGGAGAGGAUGAGCUACUCUCCUGAGGAGCUUCUGCUGAGCUGCUCCUUCGAUGGCGUCUCCUGCGAUGCCAGGAACUUCACCACCUUCCAUCACCCGCUGCAUGGGAACUGCUACACCUUCAACAGCGGACAGGAUGGGGUGAUCCUCAAAACGUCGACUGCAGGAAGCGAAAAUGGGCUGCAGGUGGUCCUGCACAUCGAUGAGGCUGACUACAACCCCUACCUGGUGACCUCCACGGGGGCCAAGGUGGUCAUCCAUGGCCAGGAUGAGUACCCCUUCAUCGAGGACAUUGGCACCGAGAUCGAGACGGGCACUGCCACCUCAAUCGGAAUGCACUUUACCACCUCCCAGCGGCUCAGCAAGCCCUACAGCAACUGCACAGAGGAUGGUUCGGAUAUACCUGUGGAGAACCUCUACAACAAGAACUACUCUUUGCAGAUCUGCCUGCAUUCCUGCUUCCAGAAGCUGAUGUUCAAGACCUGCGGCUGUGCCCAGUACGCUCAGCCUCCACCAGCCGGAGCCCAGUUCUGCAACUACAAGAAAAAUCCAGACUGGAUGUAUUGCUACUACAAGCUGCAUGAGCGGUUUGUGAAGGAGCAACUGGGAUGCCAGGAGACCUGCAAGGAAGCCUGCAGCCUGAAGGAAUGGACCCUCACCACCAGCCUGGCCCAGUGGCCCUCGACUGCCGCUGAGGAGUGGAUGCUCCGCGUUCUCUCUUGGGACCAAAGGAUGAAGAACAAGACAUUAAACAAGACGGACUUGGCAAACCUUAUUGUUUUCUACAAGGACCUGAACGAGAGGUUCAUCAAGGAGAACCCAACAAACAACGUGGUUCUCCUCCUGUCCAACUUCGGUGGCCAGCUGGGCCUCUGGAUGAGCUGCUCAGUGGUCUGCGUCAUCGAGAUCGUGGAGGUCUUCUUCAUUGACACCUUCUGCAUCAUCCUGCGCCGCCGCUGGCAGAAGACCAAGAAAUGGUGGCGGGGCCGGAAGGGUGAAGAUGAGGAAGAGGAGGAGAAGGAAGGGCAGGAAGGGGGAGGAGGAGAGGCCUCUGGGCCGUUCCCAAGGAUCCAGGGCCAUGACAACCCAGCCUGUGAUGUCCAGGAAGAGGACAAUGAGGAGGACAAUGACCUGCCCACCUUCAACACGGCCAUGCGCCUGCCCCUCCCACCAGAAAACCCAGCCCCGCGGACCCCUCCGCCAAACUAUAGCACACUCCGGCACUCUGGUGCCUAUGCUGCUGGGCAGCCCCCUGAGACCCUGGAGGUCAGGACCCAGUAACCCCAUUGCUGACCUCAUGGGGAGGGGAGGAGGAUGGGCCGCCCCUUGGGUGCCAGCCCAUUGCCCUGACUUGCAGCCAGAGGAGGAAGUAACAUCGCUUUCUCAGGAACCUUUCAGCCGGACUCAAAUGAGGGCCCACCGCUUUCCAAAAGUCUCUGUGAUGUUCUGGAGGGAAUUGUAAGAUUAAAGGGAAUGCUUCUUGACUUCAAAAUUCCCACAUAAGAGGAAUGGCCAUAAAGGAGCACCCAAUGUAUCUUUGCCACCCUGCUGCUGCUCCAACCCAAAUGGAGUAAGAAGGAUCUGUUUCGUUCCAAAAGAGCCAUGCUGUUCUUUCUACUCGUCAUUGUUGCUAUAAUAUCUUGGACCCAAGGUGUGGUGAAGAGGUGUAUUUAAUAAACUUUUCUCAGGACA